AUAAUGGAGGACAGACUUUGGCAGGUGGGAAUAACUGGCCGUUGAGAGGAAGAAAAUGGACCCUCUGGGAAGGAGGAGUGAGAGGAGUAGGCUUUGUCGCAAGUCCUUUGCUGAAACAAAAAGGUGUAGAAAGUCAUGAACUCAUCCAUAUCUCUGACUGGCUGCCAACACUGGUGCACCUUGCUGGAGGACAUACCAAUGGCACUAAGCCUUUGGAUGGCUUUGAUGUUUGGAAAGCUAUCAGUGAAGGAAGACCUUCCCCCAGAGUGGAACUGCUGCAUAACAUAGAUCCCAUGUUUGUGGAUGACUUUCCAUGUCCGAUAAAUGAGACAUCUUUACCGAAGAGCAAUUCUUCUCCAUGGGAUGAUACACUUUUCAAUAUAUCCAUGCAUGCAGCAAUCCGGCGUGGAAAAUGGAAGUUACUAACUGGAUAUCCAGGCUGCAGUCAUUGGUUCCCUCCACCAUCUUUGUUCAAUGAGUCAAAGAUUCAAUCACCUGAUCCACCAACAAAGAGACUUUGGCUAUUUGAUAUUGUCCAUGAUCCUGAAGAGAAAAAUGAUUUGUCUGAAAAAUAUCCUCAUGUGGUGGAAAAACUGCUUUCACGGCUUCAGUAUUAUUAUAAACGUUCAGUGCCCGUGUUCUACCCUGAUGAGGAUCCCCACUGUGAUCCAGCAGCAACUGGGGCUUGGGGUCCUUGGGCAUAA